AUAAGUGGGCGGAAAACAGCGCAAUAAUAUUUCCGGGUGUUUGAAGAGGGGGAACCCCGUGGUGUUUUUCUACCGUGGGUACAUCACGAAAAAGUCAAAAGCAUAUCAAUAUGUCAUCAUAACCUGCUGCUGGUACAGAUACUUCAUCAAAAACCUCAAUGGCUUCUGGAUCAGCUGUUUCAGACCCGUCGUUAAACGGGGUUUCGUCCACACCGGGUGAGAACGAGUACCCGUCGGGUUUCCCUCAGAGCAUCUGCGAUGAAGUCCCGAAGGAGAAGUACUUGUGCAGCAACUGUAAUAAUGUCUUGAAUAAAGCGCGUCAAACCGUGUGCGGUCACCGCUACUGCCUCGCGUGCGUCAACUGGCUGGUCAGAAACAACAAGGACCUUGUGUGCACAAAAUGUAAAGAAGAUCCCAGUUUUGAGAAUGACACCAGUGUGCUGACUCUUGACCAGUUCUUCAACGAUGCAGCUAUUAAUAAGGAAAUUUUGGAUCUGAAAGUUCACUGUGCCAACCAAGGCUGCCCCUGGAGAAGCACCCUGAAGAACUUUGAGGACCAUCAGAGUCAGUGUGAAUAUGCCCUGAUCCCUUGCAACAUUGGCUGCGGCUUAAUGGUGCAGAGGAAAUCACUGGCUACACAUCUGGAGAGAGGAUGUCCCAACAACAAGACCACAUGUCCCUCUUGUUCAGGUGUCCUGACACCGAGAGAGCUCCAGAAGCAUGUUUGUCCCAGUUCAGGUGAUAAGAAGACAACAAAGACAGAUAAACGACAAAAGAAUAAUCACCCAAGCAGCUCAAAAAAGAAGGAGCCAUGCAUUUUCUCAGACGUUGGUUGUCCUUUCAAGGGCAAUGCAGACAAAGUAAAAGAGCAUGAAUCCUGCAGCCAUGUUGGCCAUCUACAGCUUCUCUUGGAUGUGACCAGAGCUCUUCAGCGUACCUUGAAUUCUUCAGCUGAGCAAAGCCAUCAUGAAAGCCCUGAUCUUCUUCAGCCUGGACAAUGUGGUGCUUCCCACAUUUCUCAGAGCGAGGGUGAGAUUGAGACCGACGGAGGGGAUCCAGGAGUGAGUGAUAAGGCCCUCAGUCUCCACGACGAUCAGGCUGAACUUGCUGUAGGCCAGCAACUGGACGCUCUACAGCAGAGAGUGCAGGUUCUGGAGAACAUCAUCUCAGCUUUGAACCGAGAGGUGGAGAAGACGCAGAUCAGUGUUGUUGCGCUGGAGAGGGACAAUUACAACAGUCAGCACCUCAUUCAGCACUUGGAAACCAAGGUAGCGGAACAGCAGCAGAGACUGGUCAGGAAAGACAUUCAGAUCAGUUCAUUGCAGCAGUGUAUCAGCGCCCAGCAGGACAUCUCAUAUGAUGGCACCUUUCUCUGGCGGUUGUGUGAUGUCAGCCAGAGACUGAGAGAGGCUGCAAGCGGCGAAAAGAUCAGUCAGUACUCGCCAGCGUUCUACACUGCCAGGUAUGGAUUUAAAGUGCGCAUGCGGCUCUACUUGAACGGAGAUGGGGUUGGAAAGGGAACACACAUCUCGCUUUUCUUUGUUAUAAUGAAAGGAGAAUACGACGCCAUUCUUUCAUGGCCAUUCAGACACAAGGUCACGUUCUUUCUCAUAGAUCAGAACCAGAGGGAGCACGUCAUCGACGCUUUCCGUCCAGACCUCUCCUCUGCAUCUUUCCACCGCCCCGUCUCAGAGAUGAAUGUGGCCAGCGGGUGCCCCCUGUUCUUCCCUCUGGGGAAAAUGAGGUCGACUAAGCAUGCCUACUGCAAGGAUGACACCAUCUAUAUCAAGUGUGUGGUGGACACCUCCUCCUGAAGCAUGAAGGCCUGGCUGUUAAAGAGGACUGGAUUUUUUAAGGGAGCAUAAAAAUUCUGGAUCCGGACAAAAGGAAUAUGGAGAGAAGAGAAUCAAAUCCAGAAAUAUUUAUGAACUGAAAAGUUUUGUCUCAUUGCAUUUUGGUUCUUUGGGUACAUGAAUAAAAUAAUAUUUUUAGAUUGACACUUGGCUCAUAAUGUUUUAAACAGUGACUCUUUCUGGUGUUAUUUUGGAUGCAUUGCAGUUUUAUUUAUUAUGGAAUGAACUGGAUUUUGAAUAUCAUUCUGAUAGUUUUCCCAUUUUAUAUGUUAUAAUAAAUAAAAUGUGUUUACCACCUUG